CAUCCAAUUCAUCAACCGGAGGUGGCUUGUCAAGGUCAUCCCACCAGAUCAAGGUUCUAUGGAAGCAGCAGAAAAUUACGACACUGCAAGAAUUUUCCAAACUGAAAAUUAUCCUGUACAUGUUUGGUUUGACGAUUUGUUUUUGGCGAAUGGUUUUCAUGAACGGGUUAUUUUACAUGUGCAUUUUAUCGCCGGAUGUCUCACCCGUGAGACACGCAACCUGCAUCUUUUUUGCGAACGGGGCUGCCUUGUUGAACCUUUUCAAUGUGUAUAAUUUUACAAAAAGGGUCGAAAUCCUGGACAUGUUACAACUAUUUAUCGACUAUGGAGAAGAUGAAGGUUCCUCAAUUUGCGCCAAGGAUACACUUGCCGACCUGGUAAUGAAGCUGGGAUGUUACAGCUCGAUAAUUUUGCCACUUUGUCUAACAAUAUUAGGAGCUACGAUGUCGUGCGAAGCACCUUUUGUUGGAGCAGUGUUGAUUGACUGUAGCGUUCAAGAUGGGACUCAUUUGUUGUCAAAAUCCAUUCUCACCUUGUUCGAUCUUUGGAUGAACAUGUUUGAAUUGACGAAUGCCUUUUGGUCCGUUUUCAUCGUCCUCUUUCCCGGGAUUCGAUUUAUUUUGGAUUCUUUAGGCUAUUUGGUUGCUUGCGACUCUGCAAUUAUCUCGGAGGAUGGAAAAUUGUAUACCUGGGGGAGGAAUGACUGCGGACAGUUGGGCCACGGUGAUACGAAGACCAAACAUAAGCCAACCUUAGUAAAACAUCUUUCUGAUUAUACUAUUGUCAAUGUGGCUAUGGGCAGAGGACAUACGUUGUUCUUGACGGAUUAUGGAGCUGUGUACUCUUGCGGUAGCGACAAAAUGGGCCAGUUAGGACAAGGAACCAAAGGAAAAGAUAAACUUACUCCAUCCAAGAUCGAUUAUACUGGCAAGCCUAUUGUAAGGAUGGCGUGUGGGGCGGACUUCUCCAUGAUUGUAGAUAUAGGUGGAGGAAUUUGGUCAUUCGGUUCUCCUGAAUAUGGACAAUUGGGACACGGUACGGAUGGCAAAUUACUAGAAAAGGCCAACAAAAUCAGCUUUGUGUGUGAGAAAUCCCCACGACAAAUUACCAAGUUUGUGGAGAAAAACAAACAAGUUGCAACACCCAUUACGAACGUUUCCAUUGCCGACGUCAAGUGUGGCACAAAUCAUACUAUUGUUUUGGAUGAUAAAUCGCAUGUUUUCACGUUCGGUUUUGCUGGCUAUGGUCGUUUAGGGCACGCUGAAACUAAAGAUGAGAUGGUUCCACGUCAAGUAAAGCAACUGGAAAAUUUCCGUUGUGUCAUAAGCAAGAUUGCAGCCGGGUCGACGUUUUGUCUUGCUGCGGCAACAACUAAAAACCUCUAUUUCUGGGGACAGACAAAAAGCUCUGGCGAGGCAACAAUGUACCCUAAACCCGUACUGGAUUUGUCAGGCUGGAAUAUAAAUAACAUUGCGUGUGCGAACAAAAGUAUUAUGGUUGUAGCCGAUGAUACAGUAAUAGCUUGGGGACCAAGCCCAACAUAUGGAGAACUUUGUUAUGGUGAUGGGCAAAAUAAGAGCUCAACAGUUCCAAAGGAAGCUAAACCCUUAGAGGGAAUCCAAAUCUUGGACAUUGCGUGUGGGUUUGGACAUUCACUGUUGAUUGCAAAGGAUCUCACUCCGGAAGACCGUGAGCGUAUCGCAAAACUUCCACGUUUGCCGUAAUUGGCUCCUUCAAUGUGUCACUGUAUGAAUCAAAGUCAUACCUAUCGAAUUGACACUAGAAGAA